AGCAGGAGGGUUGGACUGGGUGAUCUCCCGAGGUCCCUUCCAACCCUUGCGAUUCUGUGGCUUGCUGAGCACCCAGACUGCCCUGUGCUGGGCAGGUGAAAGUCGUGAGGCUCCAGGAGCAUGGAUGUGGGGCGUUUCUCUGUGGCUUCCACCUCUCGCGUCCUUCUAGCUAGAAGACAUUGAAAGUGUGAGCCCUGGAAACACUGAAAUGCAAAUUGGAGGAAGAUUAAACCAAACCCAAACCACAUAACCCAGGGCCCCUUAAACUGAGGCUUUAAGCGAAAGCCCUAAAAGAGGAUUUGGUAUAACUGUUUAAAGCUAACUCAGAGCUGCCUUCUCCGCUGGGUUUAAGUUGGUUUAUCAAGUUAAGAUCAAUUAGCUCCAAAUAAAGCGUAAAUAAGAUUACGUGCUUGUUGGUACAACUCUGGAUGAAAGUAUAGGUAAAAGACGGGAGCGCUUGGACUCCCUGAGCUCUCCCUGCAGCCUGUCAGCCUCCUUGCUGACUGCAGAGCCGUCUCCCCCCUGGGUCUCUCUGCUCUUCGGAGCACCCUUUCAGUAGCUGAGAAAUUAAAUUCCUCUUCCUGGCAACCCUCUGCUGUUCCAUUAGGUGAUUUCUGAGUCUCUCUUCUCCCUCCUGCAUUUUUAAUCUCGGCAAGGGCUGUUAUGCAGAGCAAGGAGCUUUAAAAGCAACGGGACGGCAGCAGCGUCCCCGGGGGAGGCCGGGGAACAUAAUGGUCAAGUUCUGCUGCUGAACUGGUUCUGGCUGGGAGCCCCCAGCACGGGGGGAGGAUCAGAGCUCCCCCAUUACCACGCUGAGCACAGUGACUCAUGUCACAUUUGGCUCCUUCGCUUCCCUCCUUCCCCAGGGGAAGAAUCAUGUGCACUGAAGCGUGGGGUUGGGUUUGGGGUUUUUUUGGUAGGUUCCCCUUGCCCUCCUCCUUACAGCUCAAAUUGGAAACAGCAGCAGCCUGACCCAACUCCAGCGAGAGUUCAGUUACUCAGAGACAUCUCAGAGCGGGCCUGGGUCUCUUGCUGUCUAUCCCAAAACUCUUCUCCGCUCUUAUUAAUGCUUUCUGUGCUCUCCGUGUGGAAUCGGAGGGCUGAAAUCUUGCAGAAAGUACCUGCAAACCGGUGGAGCCAGAUUUCUAAAGCAUGGUUUGUGCCUCAACCCCUCCCCUUGUCCCAGCUAAAAUUAGCUCAGUCUUCAGAAGAGCUUUGCUUCGCAUCUGAGUGGAUAAAUAAAGACCGGGUUUCCAGCGCUGCCUGGCACUUGGCAGUUCUCAUGGCCUAAAAGGCAAGGCUCCAGGAAUGGGGAACAGGUGAAGGGUUUGCUUGGCCUCUGCCAUCAGGCAGCCGUGUCCCUUGGGAGCCUGGGCUGUGACAGGCGAAGUCCUCAGCUGUUGGCUCAUCCCAGGAGCUCCAACCCCCCUUGCAAACAGUCCCACAGAGGAGGUGAAACCAGGACACGGGACACGCUUGGUCUUCCAGCUCCCCCUGACGAGUAUUCCUGGUCUGUGUCUGCACAGCACGUCUGUGGGGGGGGACGGCUCUGUCUCGGAGGGGUUCACUGGCUGGACUGUGCGUUUACUGGAUAUGUUUCCCACUGGGCUCUGGCUCUAGGAUGUUGGAGAACCGAGAGGAAGAGCUGACAACGGUGCGUGUUCAGGACCCCCGGGUGCAGAACGAAGGCUCCUGGAACUCCUAUGUGGAUUAUAAAAUCUUCCUCCAUACCAACAGCAAGGCCUUUACUGCCAAGACCUCAUGUGUGCGGCGCCGGUACCGUGAAUUUGUGUGGCUGAGGAGGCAGCUCCAGAAGAAUGCUGGCUUGGUGCCUGUCCCAGAGCUGCCCGGGAAAUCCACCUUCUUCGUGGGCAGCACAGAUGAGUUCGUCGAGAAGCGGAGACAGGGGCUGCAGCAGUUCCUGGAGAAGGUUGUGCAGAAUGUGGUCCUCCUCUCCGACAGCCGGCUGCACCUCUUCCUGCAGAGCCAGCUCUCGGUACCCGAGAUAGAGGCGUGCGUGCAAGGCCAGGGCUCGCAGACAGUGACGGAAGCCAUCCUGCACUACGCCAUGUCCAACUGUGGAUGGGUGCAGGAGGAAGAGAGCCGCCCUGCGCUGCUGCCAGGAGGGGACCUGCACGGCAGCUGUGCUGGCCUGGGAAGCCCACAGGGUCCGAGCUGCCUAGAGACCUUCCCGCACUGGAGCGACUUCGGCAUGGACGACACGCACUCGGACAGUCCGGAUGAGCCAGCUGAGCCCUUGGGCGGACGGCGUGAGAUGCAGUAAACUGCUCUAGUGACCUUGUCUGCCUUCGCCGGGACCUGCAGCCCUCGCUGGAAGAGGGACUGCUGCUGAGCCAGAGGGACGUCCAGGCUGGUGGGACUGGGGCUGCACUGGGAACGUGGCCUUGUCCUGGUCUCUGCGGUGUCUGGGGUUCAUGUGCUCUCUCCCUGCUGACUCUCGACUGUCCUUGACAUCCCAGGCAGUGUGUUCGUAUCGCUCUUCUCUUUGGAGAAGAGAUCUAGUGGUUAGUGAAACCUGUGUUUGUUGUUCCCAUGGCCUUUGCUCUCCGACUGGAGCAGUAGCAGGGCUUCAUUAGGUGGCAGUGCCAGCGGGCUCUUGGCGUGUCCCUGGCCCAGGGCAGGGUGGGAUCCACUGGCUCACAUCCAGCAUGCCGGAGGAAGGCUUUCCUUGGUGGAGCUGCAGGCUGGGAGCAGGGGCUGGCUGCUGCCCAGCGGGUCUCUUAGGUUUAAUCCCCUGUGUUCCCCUCUGUGCUGCAGGCAGGGGAGGCUGCCUUUCCCCAGUAACGGCCAUGCUGUGUGGCUCCUGGGGAGGGUGGUCUCAGCUGUGCAGAGCUGGAGCCCACCCGUGGGGUGCAGAUACCACAUCCACACCUGGGGCCUCCUGGCACAGCUCACCCUGCAGGCUGCCUGCAGCUGGGACAAAUGGAGAUGAGCUUCCCCCUGGGAGCAUGGGGCAGGGGAACAAGUCGGUGGGGAGGUGGAAGGGGGGCGGUUUGUCCCCCCUGCCCUUUUCAGGGGCUGCUCCUUCCUUGCACCCUGAUUGCCAUGCCCGGGGGGGAUGGGGGGCCCUCAGCCAGGAUCUAGUUUGCUCAGAAAGAAGGAGCACGUAGCUGCCUUGGAGUUGGUGUCCAGCAGCACUUGGGCUCUGACUACUCUUGAUGCCUCUCCCCGUGCUCUCCUGCACCUUUUCCUCCCACCCUCAGCACUGGUGAAAGCAGAGCUGACGUGCUCUGACUUGAAAUAAAAAUG